UCCAACAUUGUUUACCAUACACAUGAAUCAUGGAGGAUAUUUCACAAAUUCGCCUGGCCGAAUGUAUGUAAACGAAGACAUAGACUUCUUUGAUUUGCUUGACAGCGAUAAGUUUGGUUAUGCACAAUUAGAGACGAUUAGGAAUAAACUGGGUUAUAACCAUGAUGUCCCUCAUUACUUUCAUUUGUGUGACCCUACAACCCAUGACCUAGAUAAUGGAUUGAUACUACUAAGGAUGAAGAUGUUGAGAAAUUGCUUGCAUUUGUAAGGGAUGGUCACCGGUAUCUUAAUGUGUAUUUGGAAAAUGGGGCUUCAAAUGUUCAAAGAUUCAGUCAAUCACAAAGCAGUACUGUUCUAUCAAUAUGUUGGCAUGAAAACGACAAUGAGGCAAAGGAAGUUGGAGAAUCAAGUGGCACAAAGGCGUUUGAUGAAGCAAAGGAUGCUGAUUUAGAGUAUCAUGUCAAAUGAAGCCAAACAUCUAAGAUUCCAUCCAAUCCUACUUGUCAUGAAGACAUCCAUGUUGGUAAGUUAAUUGAUGAAUUUAACCCAUUUAUAGAUCAGCAGGUUACUGAUGCAGAGGUAGUUAGUGACAACGAUUCUAAGGUAGUUAGUGACAAUGAUGCUAAGGAACUUAGUGACAAGGACAUGAGUGAAAAGGAAGAUAAGGACUAUGAGGAAGAAACUAGUGAUGAGAAUACAGAGGAUGAGGACAAUAGUGAUGAUGACAGUGACUUUUUAAUAGAUGAAGCUAGUGAUGAGAAUACAGAGGAUGAGGACAAUAGUGAUGAUGACAGUGACUUUUUAAUAGAUGAAAAGAAUGUUAUGGAUGAUGAUGAGGUGGAUAUGAAAGACUUUAAGUUCAUGGUUGAUGAAGAAGUAGAUGACAAAAAAGUUGAAUUUGAUACUGUGGUGGAUGUUCUAGACAAUGACAACGUUGAUAGUUGAAGUGAUUCUGAUGAGACUCUUGCAAAUAUUAGAAAGAAAAAAUUGAAGCAUGCUAGAAGGGCAUUUGGGAAUGAAAAUGAUUUCUAUAUAGGACAAAUGUUUAGCACAAAGGAGGAGGUAAAGAAGUGCAUAAGGAGGUAUACAGUGGAAAGCAGAAGACAGAUGAGAAUAGUUAAGGAUGAAGCUGAUAGGGUCAGGGUAGCAUGUUUUGGUGAUUUAGGGACUGAGGAGGUGAGAAAUGCUGCAAAAGAAGCUUCAAAGACAGUUACAGUUGAUAAGAAGUUAGAUGUUGAGAAGAAAAAAGGUAAGGGGCCAGAAGAGAAAAACAAUGAAACUGUAGGUCCAUAAGAGAAAAAGACUAAAGUGCAAAGGACUGUUCCACAAAAACAUAAAGGUGGCAGGGGGCAUAGGAAAAACCCUGAUGAAAACAAAUGCCCUUGGGUUGUACUGGUAUCUCUUGACAAAGAGACUGAAACAUGGUUGGUUAAAACCUUCAACCACCAUCAUAAAUGCCUACACAGCCGAGUUAUCAAAGCUUGUACAUACACUUUUCUUGCCGAGGAGCUUGUAGAACAGAUCGAAGAGAAUCCAAAUAUACCUGUCAAAGCAGUACAAGAACAGUUCCAAAGAAAAUAUCAGGUUGAGGUUUCUAAAAUGAAAGCUUAUAGGGCCAGAUCUAAGGCACAAAAUGUCUUACAUGGUGACUUCACUGCUCCAUAUGCUCACCUUAGGGAUUAUAUUAAGGAACUGUUAUAAAACAACAAAUGUCGUGGAUACAUACAUAGAUACAAACAAACUUAUGAAAUUUGAACUUUUACAAGGAUUAAAAAUUGUGAAACUUCCUGAAGAGCAUUUAGCUAUGCCUUUUGAGGAUCUUCUUAUUAACUGCUGCAUGCAGAUUUUGUUUACAUUGGUAAUAGAGACAAUCAUCAUCCCUAACGGUGAUAAGAAGAGGAGGAUGAGGAGAAACAUAUUGUGUUUCAAGUCAAGUGCACAAUCGACAUAAUUUCUGGUGCGAGAAUCAUGAUUUGUAUAACCUGUUGCUGCCUAAAUAAUUUCAGUCACUUUUAGAAAAAGCUUGUGGAUGUUGUUUCUCAUGUUGUUGCAUUAAAUCCCAGAUCUUUCCGUCACUUCCAUAUAAACGCUCACCACCCUUUUUUCGCUUAUCAAGGGUAUUUAUAUCAAAUUGUUGAAGAACGCAAGCUGUUGGAGUAGCUCAAUCAGCAAGAAUGGAGGAUUUCCUUCCCAUGUUGUUAACGGAAACCGAAAUGGAGAUAGGAAGAUGUCUGCUCUAUCAAAAUUUGAAGAUCCUUCACAGCUUACUUCUCUGAUACCGUUAGGUCCCGUCUUCGGCGCCACCGUUGAUAAGGCGUACGAGUACUUCACGUACGGCCGAUUUUCCCUUAAACCACGAAUGCUGGAUGGGCUCCCGCACGAGAUAGUGUUUGAAAUUCCGGCCCCUGCUUUAGAUGAGGCUGAAAUCAAGAUGUGUGUUGACGCUUCCAACCGAUUCAUCCUCAUCGGUGAAAACCCGGCUGAGGGACGCUUGUAUAAGAUGUCGGUGAAACUCCCGCAUGAUGCCAACUUCGAAAAGGCCACGUUUGUUGCGAAACUUGAUCGGGGUUUGGUCCGUGUUACCGUCACCAACUUCGAGAGGAAAUCGGUUGAGGUUCACUUCACCAAAUAGGCGACGUUCGUUGGUUGGUUGGUUGAUGAUCGAGCAUAGUUUAAUUAGUUUACAAGAAAACAUGUCUUUAAUUAGGAUUCUAAAAAUUGCUAGUGCCUUUUUUUGAAACAUUAUGUUAUGUUAAUGAAUCAUUGAAUGAAUG